AUGCUCUGGACCUCUGGUCCUUUUUGUAGGGUACCAUCUGAGGCCCGGAACCUUUGCUCAACUCUCAGGCUGUCCAGGGAAGCUUUAGGCAGUGAUACCGAGCUACAGACCAAUAUAAGAGCUCGGGGCUGUGGCACUGAAGAGAGGAGGCGGCCGUUGGGAACUGAGGUGGGCCCAGGGCUUGAGCUGAGCUGGCGAGGGUGGAGGUGGUGCCGAUCCCACGCCGUGGUGGGGGCCAAGCUGCGGGCUGGAGGGAGGGGCAGCGCCGAGGGGGCAGGACGGAGGGCUCGCGGAGGAGGCCAACGGUUGGCCCCAACCGCCACUGACUACAGCCUGCGCCCGCCUCUUUUCGUUGCCGUUACCUCUUUCCGGCAAUCGACACGCUCUUCGCUUCUCGGGGCUUGUCUCCGUGUCCACCGUCUCUGUUGUUUCUCCCUCUCUAUCCUCCUCUGUCUUCGUCUCCCCAGCCUUGGGGCCGGUGCCUCUCCCGAGCUUCGGCGAAUGAGACCUGCGGACCUGCCGCCGCGCCCCAUGGAAGAACCCCCGGCGUCCAGCUCUGCCCGGACAGAGACGGAGGAGCCGGGGUCCAGUGCAGAGGUCAUGGAAGAAGUGACAACGUGCUCCUUCAACAGCCCUCUGUUCCAGCAGGAAGAUGACAGAGGGAUUACUUACCGGAUCCCAGCCCUGCUCUACAUACCCCCCACCCACACCUUCCUGGCCUUUGCAGAGAAGCGUUCCACGAGGAGGGAUGAGGAUGCUCUCCACCUGGUGCUGAGGCGAGGGUUGAGGAUUGGGCGCUUGGUACAGUGGGGGCCCCUGAAGCCACUGAUGGAAGCCACACUACCUGGGCAUCGGACCAUGAACCCCUGUCCUGUAUGGGAGCGGAAGAGUGGUUGUGUGUUCCUGUUCUUCAUCUGUGUGCGGGGCCAUGUCACAGAGCGUCAACAGAUUGUGUCAGGCAGGAAUGCUGCCCGCCUUUGCUUCAUCUGUAGUCAGGAUGCUGGAUGUUCAUGGAGUGAGGUGAGAGACUUGACUGAGGAGGUCAUUGGCUCAGAGCUGAAGCACUGGGCCACAUUUGCUGUGGGCCCAGGUCAUGGCAUCCAGCUGCAGUCAGGGAGACUGGUCAUCCCUGCGUAUACCUACUACAUCCCUUCCUGGUUCUUUUGCUUCCAGCUACCAUGUAAAACCAGGCCUCAUUCUCUGAUGAUCUACAGUGAUGACCUAGGGGUCACAUGGCACCAUGGUAGACUCAUUAGGCCCAUGGUUACAGUAGAAUGUGAAGUGGCAGAGGUGACUGGGAGGGCUGGCCACCAUGUGCUAUAUUGCAGUGCCCGGACACCAAACAGGUGCCGGGCAGAGGCUCUCAGCACUGACCAUGGUGAAGGCUUUCAGAGACUGGCCCUGAGUCGACAGCUCUGUGAGCCCCCACAUGGUUGCCAAGGGAGUGUGGUAAGUUUCCGGCCCCUGGAGAUCCUGCAUAGGUGCCAGGACUCUAGUAGCAAAGAUGCACCCACCAUUCAGCAGAGCUCUCCAGGCAGUUCACUGAGGCUGAGGGAGGAAGCUGGGACACCAUCAGAAUCAUGGCUCUUGUACUCACACCCAACCAGUAGGAAACGGAGGGUUGACCUAGGUAUCUAUCUCAACCAGACUCCCUUGGAGGCUGCCUGCUGGUCCCACCCCUGGAUCUUGCACUGUGGGCCCUGUGGCUACUCUGAUCUGGCUGCUCUGGAGGAGGAGGGCUUGUUUGGGUGUUUGUUUGAAUGUGGGACCAAGCAAGAGUGUGAGCAGAUUGCCUUCCGCCUGUUUACACACCGGGAAAUCCUGAGUCACCUGCAGGGGGACUGCACCAGCCCUGGUAGGAACCCGAGCCAAUUCAAAAGCAAUUAAUUGGCUUAGGACCCAAUUUCCAUAGAUGCAAAUGGCAGUUACAGCCAGGUUAACAGAAGCUACUGAAGUCUACAGAGAACCAAAAAACUUAAUAUUCUGUUCCCUACCUUUUUUCACUUCUCCGCCCUCAAAGAGCAAAAUGAAAAUUUUGCCUUAGCUACUGCGGUGGAAAGAGCACUGAACUAGGAGUUGGAAGACCAGGAUGUGGUCCUGGCUCUGCCACUGGCUUGCUUUUAGACCUUGGAUGUGUCACCUGAACUCUCUGGACCUCAGGUUUCCAUCUGUAAAAUGAGAGUAUUAGUUCUAAGAUUUCUCAUCUUCUCAUCCCUAGGACAAGCAUAGUGCCUGCAUGCUUCAUGAUCAGUAAGUCCUGGCUGCAUAAAGGACUCUGAUGUCAAAAUGGAAACCAGGGGACUUAUCUUUUCACAUGACUUACCCCUCAUCCAAGUGUGAGGUUACAAGCAGGUGUCAUGGCAGGAAGGAAGACCAGAUCUGUAUGAUUUGUUCCAUUUUUAAUAACAAAAAUAUCCACACCCUUUUAAUAAUGCUCAGAGCUCUGUAGGCUCUCUAUCCUAGAGGAAUUGAGCAAAACAGAAGAAUCAUGAAGUCUCCUACCUUCUACAGCUUUGUAGUUCUGCUUACCUUCUCUUCCUCAUCCAGAAAGCAUCAUUUUCUAGGGAAAACAAUGAGAAUCUCAAUGCCAGUAGUACUGGAUAAUAGUGCGUAUUGCUUCUGGUGGCAUUACCCUGAUGAUGGGCUGAAGUUCAUUUAUUAGGGUGGUUCCCAGUGGGAAAAGGACAUAGAUUAGGACUUUAAAACACUGGACAGAAUUUCCCACAGUCUCUGCCCUCAAGGAGUUCACCAGUUUAUGGGGCUAGAAGAGCGAGAAAAUUCAAGAAAAUAAAUGUAGCUGGUGGGAGAGUUUGUAGAUGUUGGGCUAUAUGUUGGGGUGAUGGUAGCUCCUGAUGUAAUUUUCUUAGUUGCAUCUUCAAUAUGCCUGGAGUCGUCUGUCCAAGGCUUGUCCAGGCUUCUGGGUUUCCCUUAAGUUUGUUUUUCUCAGGAUAUUGUCCUGGCCCAGCUACUCCUUUACCUGUGAGAAGAUCUUCACCAUUAGGAAGAUCUCUGGACCCCCAGAUCUCAGAAUCAGGCCUAUUUGUGUAGGCCCAUGGAAAUCACUACUUGUGAAGUAGGGAUGCCUUUUUGUCUAAUGGUUUUCGUGCUGAACUUAGUCCAUGCCGAGUCUCUCAGAUGAUACCACGUUGGUUGUUCUUACCUUAGAUUGUUUCCCCCAUAGCCUGUUAUUGCAACAGAAAUUCUAUCAUGAGAGAUUUAUUUUUUUGUCCCUAUUUUAGGAGUCUAAUGCUUAAACUGAUAUCAACUAAAUAUAUUUGGUGUUGUAUAAUGACCACAGAGAACAAGUCUUAGUCAUGAAAUAUAGCCUAGGAGGCUAGGGGUUACAGUUGCACUAGUUGGGUAGAGAGAGUCCUACAAGAUAAAAGUGGAGAUUAACUUUACCUACUUUAGCAGAUUGCUUAAGCCAUGGCUUAGAGUGGCUUUUAAAAAUCCCCUUAGCUUCUCCUACGUUUGCCAAGGUAAUCUUCCCAAUACACAAUUUUUCACUCAUGUAUACAUUUAUCUAAAUAUUUCUUGAGUGCCUAAUACAAGGUACUUUCUACUGCCAUUCCUUGGCUCUAAAUCAUUUGUGGUUUUCCAUUGCCUAUUAUAAUGUAAAGAUGUUUACAUUUAGCCUGACAUGUAGGACCUUCCAGCUGUUGGGUGAAAUAAUGCACACUUUCCUCUACUUCCUUAUAUGAGGCCCACUGUCAGGGAAAACCUCUGUCAAGUUGGCAGGUGGAGGGUGGUAGAAGUCUAGGGAUGGGCAGGGUUGGUGCAGGGAGGAAUUGGGGAAAGGGAGAGGAUUAAAAGGGCAGCCCCCUCCUGAGUGGUAGAAACCCCUUGUUCAGCAAAGCUUUCCUGAACACUGUACUGCAAGUGGAUAGGAAUAGGGAGGAUGGCCAAGUCAUACAACCAGGGCUAAAGGAUGAAAAGAACGAGAAUAUCAACUUCUUUUUUUUUUUUUUUUGAGACAGAAUCUCACUCUGUCGCCCAGGCUGGAGUACAGUGGCACAAUCUCAGCUCACUGCAGUGUCCGCCUCCUGGGUUCAAGCGAUUCUCCUGCCUCAGCCUCCUGAGUAGCUGGAAUUACAGGUGCCUGCGACUACGCCCAGCUAAUUUUUUGUAUUUUUAGUAGAGACGGGGUUUCACCAUGUUGGCCAGGCUUGUCUCGAACUCCUAGCCUUGUGAUUCGCCCGCCUUGGCCUCCCAAAGUGCUGGGAUUACAGGCGUGAGCCACUGCGCCCAGCCAAGAAUAUCAACUUCUUUAAGGCUACUCAAGAAGGGAGUCAAGGCAGGGACCUUGGUCUGUGCCAUUGUGACCCAGAGAAGUCUAAUACCAGUACUCAUAAGAGGUCCAUCUCUAAAUUGCCCUCCUCUUACUUCUUCCCCCUGCCUCAUGUUUUUUCUCUUUAAUGACUAGCAUGGAAACUCUUUAAUUGGGGCAGGCCUGUGUGCUUAUCUCAGGAAUAGUAAGAAAAGGGGGUUGGGAACAGGGGAGAUCCAGAAUAAAGACUUGAGAAAGGGACAGAGUGGGUAAUGGCAGCUGUGAAGAAAAAGAACAGAUCAGAAGAGUCCUGGCACCUUAGGAAGAGAAAGUGUCACAGACACGAGGCCUAGGCUAGAGAUGGUGUAGGUGGUAGCUGCUGUGAAGAAGAAAUGACAACAGAUUGGAGCUGUUCCCUGAAACCUGUGGGAAGGAAGAGAGACCUGCACAGGCCAGCACUUAGCUUGUGGAGAAGGUCCUAACCCAACACUGCAACUUUAAGCUGGCUUAACUUGUCCAAGUUCCAGAUGACCAACAAAGACAGCUAUAGACACUCCAACUCUGUGCCAAUUACCCAAGGCCUUCAGGGCCCUGGGACUUAUUCCAUGAUACUGGUACCCUAACUGAACCCAUUUCAGCCACUCAGAUUGAUAGGGUGGAAAAGACAGGGCAGGUGGUAGCAGCUGUGAAGAAAAGAGGAAAGCAGAUGGGUGGCCUAUAAUCUACAGGCAUGUAGAGAGGACUACAUAGGCCUCCGUCCUUUGCCCUCAGGAGCCCCCUUCCUGUCCCUUGGACUCUUACAAUGGAUCCUUCCAGCACACAUGGCCCAACACUGAGAGUGCAGGAAGCAUGGUUAGGGGCCUCCUGCUGCUGGUAUGUACCCAGGCCAGCUUCCUGCCGACACAGCCUACUGGCUGUGUUCAUGUUCUCACUAUUCACCUCAGGCCAUUGUCUAGGUACUUAAUUUGGACUUGUUUCCCCUGGUCACCAGUCUCCCCUCAGAUAUUCACAGGACAUCAAGCAGCUUCAGCCAUGGGUAAGAGGCUUUUCACUCUGCCUGUUGGGUAGCCCAGAGGACCCGCAAAGGUCAACCUGAGUCUCCACAGCCUCCUCCCCAGGGCAGUAGGAAUUGAUAUCUCACUUUCACCAGGUUAGGCUUCUCACUCUUCUCGAGUAGGCCAUAAUCCGCCUCUUCAGUAGGCCAUGCAUCUGUCUCUGCAGUGCCAGAAUUCACAGUCUGGGCCUCCCUUCGGUCCUUACCAUAGGCUGCCGUGUAUUAUUGUCUAUGUUGUGCCCUGUAGGCCUCUGCUAGGCUGUGAACUCCUUGACUGACUCCUCACUGUGUCCUUUUUACCUUGAAUCACAGUGGCUUAUCUAAAAAUAUAAGCUUUUUUUCUGUCAUAUUCUGAAUUCCCUGAAGGUAAGGACUAUGUCUGAUUCCUCUCUUUGUUCUCUGCACCCAGUGUAGGGCCUGAAACAGAGUAGCCAACAGUAAAGAUACACUGAAUGAAUGAAUGAGUCAAACAUCCUCAGGAGCUAAUUGAGAAGGCUAGGGGGAGUUGCGCUGUAGGGAGAAGGAUGUUGCAUCCAUUUGUAGAUUGUGUAGCAUUCAAAACUGCUGAACACUCACCCUCAAUGUAUAUUCUCUGUUCUGGCCUGCUUCCAGGUCAGUUACACUACUUCCUGGGAUGGGCCUUUCUCUGGGGUAAGCUUGGUUGUCCCUAGCUUUCCCAAGGAUCACAGCCCAAAAGGCGCAGUGGGGAAAAUUUAUGGCCUAUUCGAGAAGAGUGGGCACCCUAAUCAAGCCAAGCCUUGAUUUGGGGUUCUUACUUCACUGGUAUUUUCCCUCUGUCCGCAAUUGGAUUUUCUAUAGUUACUACUUUUCCAGGCCUCCAAGGAAGAUUCUGAGGCUCGAUGUGUUCUGACUGUGUCUUGGCUUUGUGAUGCUGAGUGCCAGAAAUACUCUGUACUAUAAAAACUACCAUUGUUCUUUGAAACAACAAAGAGGAAUAAAGAACUUAAUUCUGGUGA